CCUCCUGAUUUUAAUCGAUUCACUAGUUUGACACACCUUAACCUUUCCAACUCAAACUUUUCUGGUCAAAUUCCAUCUGAAAUCACCCACUUAUCUAAAUUGGUCAUGCUUGAUCUUUCUGAAAAUUCCCUUGAAACAGCUACUGUAAAGGGGUUAGUUCAAAAUUUGACCGAUUUAACAGAACUUCUUCUUGAUUCUGUAAACAUGUCUACUGUCGUACCAAGUUCCUUCAUGAAUCUAUCUUCUUCUCUGUCUUCUUUGAGUCUCUCACAUUGUGAAUUGCAAGGGAACUUUCCAGAUAGCAUCUUUCACCUACCCAAUUUAAAAAUCCUGAAUUUAGCACGUAAUUACAAUUUGACAGGUAUUUUGCCAAAGGUUAACUGGAGUAGUCCCCUCAGGUUUUUGGAUGUCCUUGACAUGACUUUGCCUGGAGAAUUACCUAAUUCCAUCGGCAAUCUCGUGCACUUGACACAUUUGGAUUUCUCUGGUUGUAGUCUUAAUGGGUCAGUUCCUAUUUCACUGGGAAACCUUACAAAACUCAAUUAUUUGAGCCUCUCAGCUAAUAAUUUUGCAGGUCAAAUCCCUUCAUUUCUUUCCAAUUUUGAUCAGCUCCAUACAUUAGGUCUUGCAGUCAAUAAUUUCAUCGGUGGAUUUCCAGAAUUUUUUGUCAACUUAACUCAACUUUCUGUUUUAAGCUUAGCGUCUAAUCAACUAGCUGGUCCAAUCCCUUCUCAAGUAAGUCCCCGUGGAAUUCUAGUUUAUAUUAAUUUAUAUGAUAACUCUUUCAAUGGGUCCCUACCAUCUUGGCUAUUCACUCUACCUUUAUUAUAGUAUGUGGACCUCGGUUUUAACCAAUUAACUGGCACUAUAGAUGAAUUUCAAAGUAAAUCGUUGAAAUUUAUUUAUUUAGAUAAUAAUAGAUUGCACGGGUCAGUUCCGAGUUCAAUAUUUGAAUUUGUGAAUCUGACUAUUCUCUUUCUUUCCAAUAUCAAUCUAUCAUUCAACAAUAACUCUUCCUUUAGCAAACUUCGGUACUUGACAUUAUCGGCUUGUAACAUAAGUGAGUUUCCAGAUUUCUUACGUAGCUCACACCAAUUGGAGUAUCUAGACCUUUCUGACAACAAAAUCCACGGUCAACUUCCCAAGUGGAUGUGGGACAUAGGAAAGGAAACUUUGCUCCGUUUAAAUCUUUCCCACAACUUUCUUACAGGCAUAGAUCCACUUCCAUGGAAAAAUCUUAGACUUCUAGACCUUCAUUCCAACUUGAUUCAGGGACCACCUCCAAAUCCACCACCUUACUUGAGUUUUUUUUUUUUUGUCAAACAACAAUUUCACGGGAGAGAUACCUCUCAGCUUUUGCAAUAUGAGUGUCAUACAAAUUCUAGAUCUUUCUUAUAAUAAUUUGAAUGGUACAAUUCCAAAAUGCGUGGGAAACAUUAGUAGUCUCCAUGUGUUGGAUCUACGAAAAAAUAGAUUGCAUGGCAGCAUUCCUGGAAUAUUUGCACGAGACAAUCAUUUUAGGACUCUUAACUUCAACGGCAAUGGACUUGAAGGGUCGAUCCCACGAAGUUUGGUUAAUUGUAUCAUGCUUGAGGUUCUAGAUCUCGGAAACAACAAGAUAACUGAUAGUUUCCCAUAUUGGUUGGGAGAUCUUCCGAAGUUGCAGGUUCUUGUUCUUCGCUUCAACAACUUUUACGGUUUUGAGUGGGGUUCUUCUAAAUUUAAUGGUUCUUUCCCUAUGCUGAGAAUCUUAGAUCUCUCACACAACAAUUUUGGGGGUCAUUUGCCAACAAGGUUGUUUGAGAAUCUAAAAGGUAUGGCGAAUCUUGAUGAAGCCAAGAGGAAGUUGAAUUAUAUGGGUGAAGACUAUUAUCAAGAUUCAGUGGCGAUCGUAGUUAAAGGUUUUGAAAUCCGACUGGAGAAAAUUGUUACUACUUUCACUGCCAUUGAUUUAUCAAACAAUUCCUUUCACGGAGAAAUUCCAAACUCAAUUGGAAAACUUCAUUCACUUCGACUCCUCAAUCUCUCUCAAAAUAGCCUAACCGGUCAUAUUCCUUUGUCUUUAGGAAAUGUGACUGCACUUGAAGCUUUAGACCUAUCUUCAAACAAGCUUGUUGGAGAGAUUCCAUCGGAAUUGGUAGGUUUGACCUUUCUUGCAAAGUUAAACUUAUCACAAAAUCAUCUUGAGGGGCCGAUUCCUCGGGGGAACCAGUUCGAGACCUUCCAAAAUGACUCGUUCAGUGGAAACUUGGGCCUUUGUGGAUUUAUGUUGUCAAACAAAUGUGAUAUUGAUGAGACACCACAACCAGAAUCAUCAAUAGACCAUGAUGACGAACACAACAUUCCAACCUGGGUAGAUUGGAAAAUCAUUAUGAUGGGUUACGGAAGCGGACUAUCACUCGGCUUAACGAUAGGAUAUAUAGUUUUCUCAACAGGAAAACCACGAUGGUUUCUACGGAUGAUUGAUGGGCUUAUUCGAAGAUGCAAUAGAAAGACUAAGCGAAAGUGAUUCUCUUGACAAGGAACUUGCCUGUGGGUGACCGUGUAAGGUGUGGAGAUGAGUGUGAUAAAGGAUUGCCAAAUUUCUGGAUUCAUCGUUUGUAGUUGAAUAUGUAGCGUUAAGUAAUGUUGUAUCAAUUUCAAAUGUUC